AUGAUGUUUUUCAAAGUACAACCCUGUCUUAGAAUCCUGGUAAAAGAGGGCCAGUCUGUCUCUGCCUUUGCUUCUUUCAGCCUGUUCAAUGUCGGCGUCGGCACCUGUUCCCCUUGCUCAGAAGACUGCCAAAAAGACCUGUGCUGCGGACCAGAUUGUAAAUGGAAAGAAGGUGUCAACUGUUCCUCUGGGCUUUGCUGUCAUAAAUGUGACUUUCUGCCUUCUGGACAUGUGUGUAGACAGGAAGCAAAUGAAUGUGACCUUGCAGAGUACUGCAAUGGGACCUCGGAAUUCUGUCCGGAGGAUUCUUACAAGCAAGAUGGAACCCCUUGCAAAUAUGAAGGCCUGUGUUUCAGUAAGGGAUGCAGAUCCAGAUACAUGCAGUGCCAGAGCAUUUUUGGACCUAAUGCCAGGGAAGCUCCCCACCAAUGCUAUGAUGUAGUGAAUAUGAAAGGCGAUCAGUUUGGUAACUGUGGCAUUACAGGUCCUUCUACGUAUGAAAUGUGUGCUAGGGCCAACACAAUGUGUGGCAGGCUACAAUGUACAAAUGUUAAAAACAUCCCUAAUUUGCCAGAUCACACUCUGGUAAUGGCCACCUAUCUGAAGUUGGAUGAUCUCAUGUGCUGGGGCACAGGCUAUCACUCAGCCAUGAUACCCCAAGGGAUACCAGACAUAGGUGUGAUCAACGACGGCACCUUCUGUGGUCAAAACCAAGUGUGUUUUAACAAGAGUUGCAUUGAUAGUUCAGCCCUGAAAUAUGAUUGCUUGCCUGACAAGUGCAAUGGCCGAGGUGUCUGCAACAAUAAUAAAAACUGCCACUGCAUGUAUGGCUGGGAACCCCCAUUCUGUAAGGACAUAGGAUUUGGAGGGAGCAUCAAUAGUGGACCCCCAGGACCACAAACAGAGGAAGAGACACCCUCAUCAGUUCAGGUCGCAUAUCUUAUGCUAAUACGCAUUAUCUUAUUUGUCAUCUCAGUGGUUAUUGUGUUUUUCAGGCAACUGAUGGUAAACAUAGCAAGGCACACACGCAAACCACCACCACACAGAUCCAGCACAAAGACUGUCACAAAAUAG